AUGAAAUCUUUUAAUUCUCCAUAUGAGUAAAAAAUAAAGUUUAAGAUUAAAAAUGAGAUCAAAGGGGGGAGUGCAGUCAAAUCUCCUACUUCUAAUUUCGAUAAAAGAGAUCUCUCAGAUGUGGUUGAAGAAGCUGAAAGGGAUAUAGAGGAACCUGAAAUAAUCCAUAAGAGGCUAAAGGAUCAGAUGUUCCCUGAUAUAAAGUAAAGUCAAAAGCAAAGCGGUGGAGGAUCAGAAUUUGCUUGCAAUAUUAAGAGAAUUAAGACUGUUAAGUCUCUGCCAUCAUUAAAGCUUUCUGAAAUGCUCUAUUAGAGAUAUGUUGAACAUUAAUAUGAGGAUGACUUAGAUAAACAGGCGAAAGAGGCAGGCAGCGACAUCAAUUAUCACAGAUAAAGAACUGAUUAAGAUGAAAACUUUUAUAAAAAUAAAAGAAGUAUCCUUAAAGCAGAUACCUUGCAAAAACUUGAUGCCCAAUACGGCUAUAAGCCAAGUGCUAAUUUGAGCACUGGUUAAGUUAAUAUCAGUAGUGAAUACCUUCAGAAGAUUGAAAGUAUGUAUAAGUUAUUUGAAGCUGAGGGACUAACUCUAGAUCGUAAUCAAACUUACGAGCCAUAUUCAGCAAGUAAAAAGCAACAUUUAUUUAUAUAAUCAAUUUAGGAUAACAUCUCCAGCUUAAAAGUCUAAAAGAAUUAAAGACUAUGUCAGCAUGAUGCUUUCAGCAAAAAGGCUACAGCCAAACUCUAAAAAAAUCACUUAAUUCAAAUACUUAGACUCGAUGGCCCCUUUAAGUUUGCCAAACCUAAAAAAUACAGAGGACAAAGCUCUCUAAAAAAAGAGACGAAGCUAUUAGCUUAAUUUCAAAAGUAGAGAUAUUGUAAAGAAAGAGUUCGAAUCUAGAGCUAUUGA